CGCCCUGGCAAUAUGAAAACCUCAGGAGCUCUCGCGCAGUUGAGGUGCUGGGAAGUGUUUCGCGUCUUAAAGGAAAUAUCUGCCAACGUAGAGACGUGCCGGUGGAAUCUUGGAAGUUAUGAGGUGAUGCCUUCCUUUAUUCAUGGGAAACUGCAACCUGGGGAUGAAGGACCUCCCCGAAGCCUGGGCUCCAUGAACCACAUGUUCAGGACUCCUGGAUGAAAACCUUCCUCACGGAAAGUUGACAGUGGAAGUCAGAAGAGCAUUUCUGCUUACGGUGUGUCCGUUUCAGGCAAGAAAGAAGAAGAGCUCCACAGUUCCUCUGAAGAAUUCAUCGUGACACUGUCACCAAAACUUCGCAUAGAUAGUUCACAAGAAAACUACAAGCUCUGUGACAAAAUGGAUGGACCUUGAAGUCCCCUCCAGGCAAAGUGACAGAGGCUGUGAAGGUGGCCAUUGACCUUGGGUACCGCCACAUUGACUGUGCCCAUGUGUACCAGAACGAGAACGAGGUGGGGCUGGGCCUCCAGGAGAAGCUCCAAGGGCAGGUGGUGAAGCGUGAGGACCUCUUCAUCGUCAGUAAGCUGUGGUGCACAGACCAUGAGAAGAACCUGGUGAAAGGGGCCUGCCAGACGACCCUCCGCAACCUGAAGCUGGACUACCUGGACCUCUACCUUAUCCACUGGCCCACUGGCUUCAAGCCUGGCAAGGACCCUUUCCCGCUGGAUGGCGACGGCAACGUGGUUCCUGAUGAGAGCGAUUUUGUGGAGACGUGGGAGGCCAUGGAGGAGCUGGUGGACGAAGGGCUGGUGAAAGCCAUUGGCGUCUCCAACUUCAACCAUCUGCAAGUGGAGAAGAUCUUAAACAAACCUGGCCUGAAAUACAAGCCAGCCGUUAACCAGAUCGAGGUCCACCCAUACCUCACUCAGGAGAAGUUAAUCGAAUACUGCAAGUCCAAAGGCAUCGUGGUGACUGCCUACAGCCCCCUCGGCUCUCCCGACAGGCCCUGGGCCAAGCCUGAGGACCCUUCCCUCCUGGAGGACCCCAGGAUCAAAGCGAUUGCAGCCAAGUACAAUAAAACCACAGCCCAGGUUCUGAUCCGGUUCCCCAUGCAGAGGAACUUGAUCGUCAUCCCCAAGUCCGUGACGCCUGAACGCAUUGCCGAGAACUUCCAGGUCUUUGACUUUGAACUGAGCCCUGAGGAUAUGAACACCUUACUGAGCUACAACAGGAACUGGAGGGUCUGUGCCUUGAUGAGCUGUGCCUCCCACAAGGAUUAUCCCUUUCACGAGGAAUAUUGAAGCUGGGGGCGCCUGCCCUUCCCCAGGUGACCUGCUGUUUCCCUCCUCGCUUCCCCCCUGCCCAGUGGAGCUCGGCCCCUGUCCCUCGGCAGCGGGUCAGCGACCCACCGAGGCGCCAGUGGGCGCUUGGCCUGCAUGGUGUGGGGCCCGAAGAGCACUACCUGUAGAUUGGAAGUCCCUCCAGUUUUCUUCGCCCCGCUUCUUGUCCAGCUGCGGACAGCGCGCCGUGAAUACCCUUUUCUAAGUUGAAUUUUCAAAGUGAAAACAGCAUCUCUAACAGUUGGAUUUUGACUGCUUGGAACUGUGCUCCUUUCAGCUAGACUUUUCCUUGCCUCAAAUAAAAAGUGCUCUUAUGAAUUU